CACAACACUAAAUAAUCUAAUAGAAAUGAGAGAAAUCGUAUCAAUCAGCGUUGGUCAAUGUGGUAACCAAAUUGGUCAACAUUUCUGGGAAACCAUUCGUAAUGAACAUGGUUUAAAUGCCGAUGGUGAAUUCGUCGAAACUAAUCCAAUUUUAAAGGAAAACUUGGGUGUCUACUUCUCUGAAAGCCAAGGAAACCGUUACGUACCAAGAAGUGUCUUGGUUGAUUUAGAAUCAUCAGUUUUAGACACUGUUAAAUCAUCAAAGAGUGGUACAUUGUUCCGUCCAGAUAAUUUCAUUGCUUCUGAAGGUUCAGCUGGUAACAACUGGGCAAAGGGACAUUAUACUGAAGGUGCUGAAUUGGCUGACCAAAUUAUGGAUGUUUUGAGAAAGGAAGUUGAACAUUGUGAAUGUUUGCAAGGAUUCCAAUUGACUCACUCAUUGGGUGGUGGUACUGGUUCUGGUUUGGGUACUUUGUUGUUAUCUAAAUUGAAGGAAGAUUUCCCUGAUAGAAUGUUGGCUGCUUUCUCUGUUUUGCCAUCACCAAAAAUGUCUGAAACUGUUGUUGAACCAUACAAUGCUACUUUAAGUUUGCAUCAAUUGAUUGAAUCUGCUGAUGAAGUUUUCUGUUUGGACAAUGAAGCAUUGUUCGAUAUUUGUACUAGAACCUUAAAGUUACCACAACCAUCAUUUGCUGAUUUGAAUAAUUUGGUUGCUGGUGUCAUGUCUGGUGUUACUUCAAGCUUGAGAUUCCCAGGUCAAUUGAACUCUGAUUUGAGAAAGUUGGCUGUCAAUUUGAUUCCAUUCCCAAGAUUGCACUUCUUCGUUGUUGGUUCUGCUCCUUUGGCUGCUACUUCAUCUCAACAAUACUCUGCCUUGUCAAUUGCUGAAUUGACUUCACAAAUGUUCAAUAAGAAGAAUAUGAUGGCUGCUUGUGAUCCAUCUAUGGGUAAAUAUUUGGCUGCCAGUGCUACUUUCAGAGGUCUUAACUUGUCAACUAACGAAAUUGAUGAACAAAUGUUGGGAAUGCAAAGAAAGUAUUCUCAAAACUUUGUUGAAUGGAUUCCAAACAAUAUCAAGUCAUCUGUUUGUGAUGUUCCUCCAGUUGGUCAAAAGGUUUCUGGUACUUUCAUUGGUAACUCAACUGCUAUCCAAGAAGUUUUCAAGAGAAUUGGUACUCAAUUCCAACAAAUGUACAAGAGAAAGGCCUUCUUACACACUUACAUUGAUCAAGGUAUGGAUGAAAUGGAAUUCACUGAAGCUGAAUCCAACUUGACUGAUUUGGUUAAUGAAUAUCAACAAUACCAAGAUGCCACUGUCGAUGAUCAAGUUGAUGGUGAUAUUGAAGGUGAAACUGAACCACAAUAUGAAUAAGUGUAAUAAUUAUUACAUUCUUAUAAUUGUAUAAACUGACUCUGAGCAAUAAUAGCAACUAAUAGAACAUUCAUUGUCGUGUAGGCAAUGUUUAGUUCGACAACACCUAAUAAAUCAAAUAAUUAAAAUU